GAGAAGAGGUGGCGGGCGGUGUGGGCGGAGCGUGGGGAGGGAGGCAGACUAGCGCCGACGGAGGGGAGAGAAUGGGGGAGGGGUAGGAUGGGGGCAGGGACAGAGACGGGCAGAGACGGGCAGAGACGGGCAGAGGGCAGAGGGCGGAGCGGCGCAGGAGCGGGCGUCAUGGCGCGGCUCCUCUGGUUGCUCCGAGGCCUGACCCUCGGAGCUGCGCCUCGGCGGGCGGUGCGGGGCCGAGCGGGCGGCGGCGAGCCCUGCACUGGGCCGGUACUGGGGGAGGCAGGGUCUCUUGCAACGUGUGAGCUGCCUCUUGCCAAGAGUGAGUGGCAAAAGAAACUAACCCCAGAGCAGUUCUACGUCACGAGAGAAAAGGGAACGGAACCGCCUUUCAGUGGGAUCUACCUGAAUAACAAGGAAGCAGGAAUGUAUCAUUGCGUGUGCUGCGACAGUCCACUCUUCAGUUCUGAGAAAAAGUACUGCUCUGGCACUGGGUGGCCUUCAUUUUCCGAGGCCCAUGGUACGUCUGGCUCUGAUGAAAGCCACACAGGGAUCCUGAGACGUCUGGACACCUCGUUAGGAUCAGCUCGCACAGAGGUCAUCUGCAAGCAGUGUGAAGCUCAUCUAGGUCACGUGUUUCCUGAUGGACCUGGGCCCAAUGGUCAGAGGUUUUGCAUCAACAGUGUGGCUCUGAAGUUCAAACCAAGGAAACACUGACUAUCUUCAAGAGUCCCGUUCCCUUGCCACCGCUUCAUGUGCACUCUCAAUUUCCAUAAUUCACUUAAAUGACUUGCUUUGUUUGCAGUAAAACUGGCCUGAGUUUGCCGCUGUCUCCAGCGAGUCACUGCUUCUCUUAAUUGAUUUACCUGGAAUCAACUUAAUCCUGUGUGUUAGGCUGUUCUUGUGUUGCUAUAAAGAAGUACCUGAUCAGGAUCUGGAAGAAUUUGGAAAAAGAAAAAAAAAAAAAAAACUGGAAAAAUAAACAAAAUUAAAAAGAAAAAAAGUUUCGUUUCCCUUAAGGGAUACUUUUAGUUAAUUUAAUAUCUAUAGAAACAAUGCUAAUGACUGGUUUGCUGUUGAUAAAUAUGUGGGUAAAUCUCUGUUUGGGGCUCUCAGCUCUGAAGGCUGUGAGACCCGAUUUCCCACUUCACAGCUCUAUAUUUCUGUGUGUGUGUCUUUAAUUCCUCUAGCACCGCUGGGUUAGGGUCUCCCCGACUGAGCUGGUCUCAGUAGGGAUCCACCCUCAUGAGCCAAUUACCUCCCAGCAGGGCCCAACUCCAGCACUAGGAAUUAUACUUCAACAUGAGAUUUGGAGAGGGUAAACAUCCAAACCAUAUCGCCCCAACUGCCACUUGGAGUAGAACUUCACAGAAUGACAGAGGGACAGCUGUUUCCAUCAAACACUUCCACAGCUUCGCCUGGGACAAGGGCGUGACUCUGGGAACAUCAGGAGGCUGACUGGACUACUAAGGCAAACAAUUCCUACAAAAAUUCCCUGCACCUGCCACUGCAGUUCAGUCCUUGAUAGACAUAAGUGAGGGAUCAAGUGAGAAGAGGAGGGAAAAUACAGGAUCCAAGGAAUCAACAAUGCUAGCACUGAAGAGCAGGAUUGCGGAGGAGCUGUGCUCUGGGAACGCAGAUGGUGAUCGAUCAGAUGCAUGACUUCUUUUCAAAAUUUUAAAUGUGUUGAGCAUGCUACUUCCAACCGUUCUACCCACAAAUAAACUGCAAUAGGACUCGGUUAGAUUUCAAUGAUUAUGAAUAAAUGUUCACCUUCAUACCUUCUGGUUACAAAGCUAAACUUUAAAAUGUGCAAAUAAAAUAUUCACUAAAAUUUA